CUUAGACUGGUGAGGUUACCAAAAAUGACACCUGCAUAGGAAAAGGCUUCUAGCAUAUGGGUUUACAUUCCUCCUGUUUGAAUUAGCCGUAUCUACUUGGGGAUGGAUGAUCAAAGAAAAGAAGAUCCCACAUGGAUGGGUAUUCUACGUCGUUUAGUAACCAUUUUGUUUGCUUUGUUGGUACUGGCUGGUGUGACAUGGGCUUUUGUAGAUACCAUCCCGUUAGUAACAGAUGAGUAUCGCAUCCUGGCAUUUGGCAUCUAUGGUGCAUUCCUUGCCAUCCACUUGAUUAUUCAAAGCUUAUUUGCAUUUUUGGAGCAUAGAAAAAUGAGGAGGCAUGGAAAUAGCUGUUCUUACACCAAAACGGUAGCCUUGACAAUUUCCGCUUACCAAGAAGAUCCAAACUAUCUUCGAGAAUGUCUAGAGUCUGUCAAGAAUACGCAUUACCCACCAGAUAAAUUGAAAAUAAUAAUGGUUAUUGAUGGUAACCAAAAAGAAGACCAAUACAUGAUGGAUAUGUUCAAAGAAGUAUUUGAGGGAGAAGAUGUAGGAACUAUUUGCUGGGAAAACAACUAUCAUUCGUCAACUCCACAAAAAAUCAACUCUAACAUUGGCAAUGUUGCUCUUCAGGAAAGAACAGGACUUAUAUGGAAUACUGCAACAAGCCGUGGAUUAAAUACAAUUGAAGAACAACCUGAAAACAUAAGCUAUCAACAGAUUGUUGAUUAUGAAAACAUGAAAACCUAUGGUGAAGAAAUAAUUGAAGGCUUCCAAGAAACAACCUUGCCUGACUACAGUGAAAUUGAGAUUGAGGAUCCAAUGAGAAUAGAGGUUGAGCAACUGAUCAAAACCAAGAGGUGUGUGUGCAUCAUGCAAAAAUGGGGUGGAAAGAGAGAAGUCAUGUACACAGCUUUCAGAGCUCUUGGUGAUACUGUUGAAUAUGUCCAGGUUUGUGAUUCCGACACCAAGCUUGAGCCAAUGGCUACUGUGGAACUAGUAAAAGUUCUGGAGUCAAAUGACCAAUAUGGAGCAGUUGGGGGCGAUGUACGGAUUUUAAAUCUUUCGGAUUCCUACAUAAGCUUCAUGAGUAGUCUUCGAUACUGGAUUGCAUUUAAUGUGGAAAGAGCCUGUCAAUCCUUCUUUAAUUGUGUAUCAUGUAUUAGUGGACCUCUUGGUCUUUACCGAAAUGACCUUCUGCAGACAUUUCUUGAGUCUUGGUACAAUCAAAAGUUUUUGGGGACACACUGCACGUUUGGAGAUGACCGUCACUUAACCAAUCGAAUGCUUAGUAUUGGUUAUGCAACCAAGUACACAGCACGUUCAAAAUGCUAUUCAGAGACACCAGCUCAGUUUUUGCGUUGGCUGAACCAGCAGACUCGUUGGACCAAGUCCUACUUUAGGGAAUGGUUAUAUAAUGCCCUAUGGUGGCACAAGCACCACCUAUGGAUGACAUAUGAGUCCGUAAUUACUGGCAUCUUCCCAUUUUUUGUGACUGUAACAGUGAUUAAGCUCUUUUUCAGCUGCCACUUGUGGGAUAUUCUGUGGGUUCUAAUCUGCAUCCAACUUAUCUCAACAGUCAAAGCACUUUACGCCUGUUUUCUCAGAAGAAAUCUGGUCAUGAUAUUCAUGUCCUUGUAUGCUGUUCUCUAUAUGGUGGGUCUUCUUCCAACAAAGUACUUUGCCAUACUUACCAUGAACAAGAGCAGCUGGGGCACAUCAGGGCGGAAGAAGGUAGUGGGAAACUAUCUUCCGCUUCUCCCUCUGUCCAUAUGGGGUGCGGUAUUAUUAGCAGGCGUCAUCUACACCAUUGUCAUGACGUGUCUGUGCACCAGUUGUCGCCUCAUUGAUGCAGAGAAGAUCUAUCUUAUUUAUGGUUCAGCAGCUUAUGUUGGCUAUUGGGUAUUUAUGAUCAGCCUCUACUGGGUAUGGGUGAAGCGCUGCUGUCGAAAGCGAUCUGACUACUAUGAUAUUCAGUAGUUUUAAGAAAAGAAUUUGACUUAAAAAUAAAUAAUGCACUAAUAGACCUAAUAAAGAAAGCUAUACUAUCAGAUACAUUUUUCAUUACAUAAUGAGUCCCUCCUCUUUUAAUGCAAUUAAAUGGUUUCCAUUCAUUUUUCCAGACUGUAUUUGAUAGUGGCAAAAUCAUCAUUUGUUUCAAUUAAUUGUGUAUAAUAUUAUCAUCCACUGACAAAAAUGUAAAGUUCUACAAAUUGUUAGAUUAUUCAAUACACCACAUUUCUGUUUUGUUCUAUUAGAGCAUAGUUCUAUGUAGCACACAAAUGAGAAAAUAAAAGUGAUAAUGGUUGCAUGAAAAGGGCACAAUUCAAACUAUGCAAAUUAAAGCGACAGUAAACUCAAUUUAAUUCUUUAGCACUGCACACAGAAUAAUUGAAGAUGAUAAUAACUUACAUUAUUAUUGUGACUGCUUUUUUUGGAAUUUAAUUCCAAAUAUUGUAUUUUUUUGCUGAAUUUACAAAGAAUUGUUAAAACAAAAAUUCCCACUGUUCUACUUGGGGAUAUAGGCAAGCCAAAAGUAUUAAAAAAAAGUUGCUUUAUUUAGACCAUAAACAUCUUUUUUUUAUCAAUGACACAUUUUAAAUACUUUCUAUUAGAUCAAACUGUAGUAAAAACAAUUUCAAUAUAAUAUUAUUGUGACUGCUUUUUCUAGAGUUUAACACUAAACAUAUUUUUUUCUGAUGACUUAUCAAAGACUAGAGUGCAUCCUGACACACGGUGAAUACUUGAUACCUAUAGGCUCUCAUAAUAUCAAAUUAUCAAUUUAUAUGAUAAUUUUUUAUAAUUUUGUGCGCAAGUCUUUGUAAUGCAGCACUUAAUUGUUGAUAUAUACUAAAGAUAUAUAAGAAAAAUCAAUUUAAUAUCCCUUUAAGUGCAGUUCAACCAAACAUGGACGCCAAAGUAUCUAACCAGUGUAGUGGUUAUUUAUUUAUUUACAUUUAUUUUUGUUUUUUCCUUUUAAUAAGUAUAAAAAUGAAUAAAUAUGGUGCACAUUGCACCAGUUUGUUUUAUAAGCAGAGAGGACACUGGGAAAAAUAUACUAGGAUCUGGAGAUUAGGUUACGUCAGUGGUUCCCCAGCUGGGGGUGUCACUGAGAUUUCAAUCUCCCUACCUAUUAGGAGAUGCAAUAUUCAUUAAGAUUUAAAGAGACAAUAUAGAAACACUAGUGCUUGCAUUUUGUAUAUUUAUGUAUAAAGUUCAGAAUAUCAAAGUUGUUUAUAGUAUUUAUUUAAAAUAUUAACUUUUAAUAUAAUCUUAAUUUUGAAAGGUUUAUAAAAAUACAGGUUGAUAAAUAUUACUCUUGUGUGCCAAAUAUGUUAAUAGCUCACAUUAGUAAAACAGGGGUGUCCUAUAAAUGUUAAAGUAUUUAAUGGUGCUUAUCACUUACUUAGGUUGUGCACAGCCUUAAAUAAUGUGCUGUCAUACUCUCUGAUUAAUAUAACAUUUAGGCAUAAGCAGAAUAGGUAACACCAUUGGAUGGUGCGGUACACUUCCUGGAGUUACCAGAUCAAAUUAUGAAUAAGCAAUUUCACACAAUGAAAGAGUAAUCAAAUAUUUAAUUGCAAAAGUCUCUCCAUAAAACAUCAAGCAACAAUUAUAUGUUAAAGGGACAUAUAACCCCACAUUUCUCUUUCAUGAUUCAGAUAGAACAUACAAUUUUAAACAACUUUCCAAUUUUCUUCUAUUAUAAAAUUUCUCUUUGUAUCCUCUGUUAAAGGGGCCACAAUACAUUACUGAAAAGUUGGCUGAACACAUCUGGUGAGCCAGUGACAAUAGGCGUAUAUUUGCAGCCAAAUCCCAAUAGUGCAUUGCUGCUACGGAGCCUUACAUUUCAACAAAGGAUACAAAAAUAAUUUUGCAAAUUAGAUAAAAGAUGUAAAUUGUAAAGUUGUUUAAAAUUGCAUGUUCUUUCUGAAUCUUGAAAAGAAACAUAUGGGGUUCCAUGUCCCUUCUUUGACACUCACUUAAGUAAUGUCACUGCAGCAUUGGGUGUGCCAUUUUAUGUGUCACUGAAAUGCCUAUAUAACCACAAUCUACUAUUUAUCACAAUUAUAUAAUAAUGUACAGAUAUACAGUAUAUGGUAAAUUAAUUGUGUUUGUCAUUACAACUGACUAAAAGGACCAAUGUUUUUCAAUAUUUUCAGGUGUGCAUACACUGCAGUACAUGUGCAUUUUCACUUGAUGAAGUGUUCUGUCUUGAUUAUGUAUUAUUCAAGGUUCUAUCUGUAGCUACAGCUUAAGGUAUUAAGUCUUAUAGUAUUUAUUAAAAUGACUAGGAAAUUGUUUUCAGCCUUGCACAGCUAUGAGGGUCAUUUACUAUGUUAUGAGAGGAAGAAAAACCUUUGCUUUAUAAAUGUUAAUUCUGCAGUCAGAUCUUUACAAAGAAUGUGUAAUGUUUAAUAUAAAACAUGCAAAUAUGGCAGAAUUGUAGCAUGUAAAAAUGUAUAUACUCAAGUCUUGUAGCAUAUAUAUUAUAUGUAUAUUAUUUUUGUUACUUAUUUUUCAUGUUAAAAUGAAUAAAUCCAUGUACUUUUUAGUAAAUUGGGUUAUAAGAUUUUAUCUGCUUUACAAGUAAGAAUGUGAGCCUGUCAGUGUGUUUGAGUGGUAAUUAUGACUUAAUAAACACAAUAUGAAAGAA